UCUCUCAAAGAACCUAAAAAACAUCAGCACAACAACUGAAGAUGGAGCAAACUGAAGUGGUCAAACCCGAAUCUUUGGAUGAUUUGAUUAAAACUCUCCACAAGAUUUUUGAAAGUGACUCCAUCAAUGUGGACGAGGUGCAGAGCAUCAUGGAAGCCUAUGAAAGUAAACCACAAGAAUGGAUGAAAUUUGCUAAAUUCGACCAGUACAGGUACACCAGGAAUCUUGUUGAUGAGGGAAAUGACAAAUUCAACCUGAUGAUAUUGUGUUGGGGUGAAGGACACGGCAGCAGCAUCCACGACCACACAGACUCCCAUUGUUUCCUGAAACUUCUCCAAGGCCAACUGAAGGAAACUUUAUUUGAGUGGCCCGAUCAAAAGGGAUCACCGCCAGGCGGCAUGGUUCAGAAAUCUCAGCAAAUCUUACUGGAAAACCAGUGUGCAUACAUAAAUGAUUCCAUCGGUCUUCAUCGGGUGGAGAACGUCAGUCAUACUGAAUGUGCUGUAAGUUUACACCUCUACAGCCCCCCCUUUCAGACGUGCCAGACCUUUGACCAGAGAACUGGACACAAAAACACCGUCAAGAUGACUUUCUGGAGUAAAUUUGGAGAAAGGACACCGUAUGAGACCACCAUUUCACAAGAAAACAACUGAGAGAGAAAACGACGACGUUCGAUGGAGCUCACAGACAAAAUUGACUUUUUUUACACGAAAUCGAUUGCGGCUGCAACAUUGAAAACCCGAGCAGUGAUUGAACACUUUUAGAGUCUUAAUCAAAGAUGUUUUAUUAUAGUCUAGAUUCCCAUUGGCCAAUGCGGCUGAACGGCAGUACGGUCAUCAUGAAUAAAGCUGUGAAUCAGUUCUUUGUUCAUGGGUUUCAGAAGAUUCUCCAAGCAUUCCUGUUUGUCUGUGACCUGUGUAAUUCCUCUUUUGUACUGUUACGGAUGAGAGCUGUUUGAGUGAAGGGUGUAAAUUAUCAAAAGCAAUUACUCGUCUUUUCUUUCAUUCCACCCAUCCACAGACUUGAUGAACAUAAUGCAGCAGCACUUUCUAUUCUGAUGGAUUGAUUUCUGUUUAAAUUGACCUUGAAAUCUCCACAUGCUUUUAGAUUUAAUGCAAAUAAUCUUUCGCUGCCAGAAAUUGACAUAAAGGGUAACAUUGGGUUUUAGUAUUUUUACAUCUGGAGGUUUUAUAUUUACAUUCUUACAUGGAAGUUAGUUGUUGUUGUUGUUAUUGUUGUUGUUGGUUAUAACACUGAGGUAAAUAAAGUGCUUAGACAGAUUUCUUGUGUUUAAACGGCACGAGUAUUUAAAGUAUUGAACAGGUUUUGUUAUUGUCAUUAUCGUUCAUUAUAACCGCUGGGCUUGAGAAAUCUUGAUGGAUUGAUUUACUUAUGGAAAUAUGAUUUCUGUAAAAAGGCUGUGCUUGUUUUGUCUAAUGCAUGAAUAAAGUAUGUAAAUACUAUCCUACAAA